AUGGCCCCUCUCACAGAUUCGGCGGUCUCUGACCUGCAGAGCACCGUCUCCAGGCUCGAGAAGCGCAUUGCAGAGCUCGAGACCAGGCUGCAGGGCCAGGUUGGCAUUGCGGAUCAGUCACAGGAGAGCGUCAGGAUGAUCCUCAUGGGGCCGCCCGGUGCUGGCAAGGGUACACAAGCGCCGCGCAUCAAGGACAAGUUCUGCGCAUGCCAUCUCGCUACUGGAGAUAUGCUCCGCGCACAGGUUACUGCAAAGACAGCGCUCGGUCGCGAGGCCAAGAAGAUCAUGGACGCUGGAGGUCUCGUCAGCGACGAGAUCAUGAUCAACAUGAUCAAGACUGAGCUCGAGACCAACCAGGAGUGCAAGAACGGUUUCAUCUUGGACGGUUUCCCACGAACAGUCACUCAGGCCGAGAAGCUCGACGGCAUGCUCACAGCCACCCAGAAGCCCCUGCAGCACGCUGUUGAGCUGCAAAUCGACGACUCGCUGCUCGUCUCGCGUAUCACUGGCCGCCUUGUCCACCCCGCGUCUGGCCGCUCAUACCACAAGAUUUUCAACCCUCCCAAGUCUGACAUGACCGACGACGUCACUGGCGAGCCCCUCAUCCAGCGCUCCGACGACAACGCCGAGACACUCAAGAAGCGUCUUGCGACAUAUCACGCACAGACCGCACCCGUUGUCAACUACUACCAAAAGACUGGCAUCUGGAAGCCCAUCGAUGCAAGCCAAGAGCCUGGCCAGGUCUGGAAGAGCUUGCUCAAGGUCUUUGACGGCAAGGCUCACGUUGCUGGACAGACCGGCAGCUUGUUGAACAAGAUUGGCCUUAAGAACUAG